UUUAUGCAACGCCUCGGCAAGAAACAGGCUCCCAUAUCAAAAUACCCAGAAGACUUUAUUCAAAUGUCUCCCUAGAAAACGCAGCCAACAUGCUAUUUCGCGUUAUCCAAACCUCUCAAAACCAAUCCUACACAUGGACUUUUAUCGAUAAGUCACAAGAAGAUAAAAUAUACCUCUUGUCCAUGUCGAAACCCGCUCAACCUCUGAACAACGCUAUCCGAUGGAAGACUAAGAAAAUCGAUACACUAUGCCUGUCCAACGUGGUACACGGACACAGCAGCAUGGCGUAUGUGCCGACGCUAAUGCCUUCACGAAGGCGGCCACCUCCAACUAGUGUUGUCUACUACUCCCGUGGACAUCCCAUCCGUAAGUCCCUCCACCAUAUCAUCAUGUUUCCCUUCUCACCCCCCAUCGCGUAUCACAUCGUCCCAUCUCUCUUGAACAACCCCGUCAAGCACUCUAACACUACCCACUAUGCCAAAGGCGAGCCUUUCCAACCCCGCAGGCGGUGAUAACAUAGCAGAAUAAUAAUAUGCAGCCUUUGGGGACGAGGGAGCGUGAACGGACGAGAUAUUUGAGCGGGGAAGUAGU